AUGGUUCGCCUUUUCCGUGCCGGGUCCCUUUUGCUCGCUCUCGGACUCUGCAUCUUGACUGUCUCCCGUCUGAUCAAGGAUGUCGUUUCUAACAAUGAGACGGCGAUUUCAAAUGCUGUCCAAACUAUCCACUACUCCUCUCCAGUCAUCAUAUUCCUCUACUUCAUAUUCUCGUCUAUGAUGACCAUCUUCACCUUUAAGUCAUUGAGGAAGGCCAGACAUCCUAAAACCGAAAGCAGAAAGAAGCUUGUCCUCGGCCUUUCGAGUGGUGUCAUUGCCACAUAUCUUAUCCAAGGAGUUCUCAUCGUUGAAAGAAUUUUCAGAAACUCGGGACAAGGUUCAACCACCCAUGAAAAUGUCUAUGUUAUUUCGUCAAUCAUGAUAUGGAUGGUUCUUCAAGUAUCUAUCGUCGAUAGCACCUUUGUGAUAUGGUAUCCGUACGCAGGUUGCUGGUACAUCAGUAUUGCAUGUGAACUUUUGCUAUUCCUCUUAGCCGACCUGCGACGGGAUAAUUUCCCCCAUCCCGCCGGGGUUGCUUGGAUCACGGUGGUCGGGGCUAGGAUCGUCCUUUUGAUUUUGCUCCCGCUUCUGUUUUAUACCUUGCGCUCAACAAACAAUCAACCAAUUUGCGACAAUUUCGACGAAGAACGAGGACUACUUCGUAAGCAACGAGAGUCCGGCGUGGACGACGAAAAUGAUGACAAUCUUGGAAUUUAUGGUUCCUUCUUCGACACCGAGAGUGACGAUGAGCGUACCAAGAAAACAAAAGCCAAAUUACAGGCAAAGUGGCAAGAAAGCGGAAACUGGUGGAAUUAUGCAAAAUCUUUUUCGGUAUUUUGGCCGAUGAUCUGGCCCUCGCAAGACCGGAAACUGAAGUUUUAUAUGUGCGUGAUCGGGCUUAUUCUAGCCGGGCAAAGCGCCCUGAACGUCUUGGUACCUCGACAGUUUGGCUUGGUUACCGAUUCAUUUCUCGAGGCUACACAUGGUUCCGGGCAAGGGCCAUCUCCUUGGGUUCAGGUAUCUUUGUUUAUCGUGUUCAAGCUCCUCCAAUCCAAUGCUGGACUCUUUGCCAUCAAGGACUAUUUGUGGAUUCCUAUCGAACAGUAUUCCUAUCGCAUGAUCACAACAUCGGCUUACAACCACAUUCUGUCUCUUUCUUAUGACUUUCAUUGCGACAAACGCAGCGGUGAAUUAUUUGCCUCGAUCAGCAAUGCAAGGUCCAUCAAUUUAUUUAUCGACAUGAUGCUCUUCAGGUUCAUCCCGAUGUUGGCGGAUUUGUUCAUCGCGUUCAUCUACUUGUACUGCCUAUUUGGGCCGUACAUGGCACUGCUCAUCGCUUUCGUCAGCAUCUCUUUCCUUUGGUCUACUUCAAAGAUGGCCAAUUACAACCAAUCCACGCGAAGAGACUUUAUCAAAGCCUCACGCAAGGAGGGUGAUACUAUGUGGGAAACUGUCAGCAACUGGCAAAAUAUUUCAUACUUCAACAACUUGAAACACGAGCAAGACAGAUACCUCGAGGCUGUGAUGGACUACCAGCAAUACGAAAGAAAGUGGAUCUGGGGAACUUCAUUCCUUAAGGUCCUCCAGUCCUUGAUAUUCACUCUCGGGCUACUCUGUGCUUGCUAUCUUGCUGUGUAUUCGAUUGUAAAUAAGACACAGCCAAUCGGGUCAUUCGUUACGUUGCUAUUAUACUGGACCCAACUAUCCGGCCCUCUUGCUUUCUUCGCGGAUUUCUUCAGAAGACUAAACACCUCUAUGAUUGAUGCCGAACGUGUCUUGGAAAUCCUAUCCCUAAAGCCGACAGUCGCAAAUAGGAAGAAUGCACCAAAGUUGGAUGUUAAUAGCGGAGAGGUUGCGUUCGAUACAGUUCAUUUCGACUACGACGAGAGGAAGUCUGCGAUUCGAGGAAUUUCUCUAAGAGCCAAGCCAGGCGAGACCGUCGCUAUCGUAGGGGAGACUGGGGCUGGGAAAUCGACACUUCUCCGACUUCUCUUUCGCUUUUAUGAUGUCAAAAAGGGAUCCAUCAAAAUCGAUGGGCAGGAUAUCCGAGAUGUCACACUCGAGAGUUUGAGAGAUGCUAUUGGCGUUGUCCCUCAGGAUCCGACGUUGUUUAAUGAUACGAUCAUGAACAACCUGCGCUAUGCCAACUUUAAGGCAACUGAUGCUGACAUCUAUAGAGCCUGCGAGGCCGCUGCUAUUCAUUCGCAAAUCCUAAGCUUCCCGGAUGGCUAUAACUCAGUCGUUGGUGAACGAGGAGUCAAGCUCUCGGGGGGUGAAUUGCAAAGGAUCGCAAUCGCACGAGCUAUUAUCAGGAACCCGAAGAUAAUAUUGCUAGAUGAGGCGACAAGCAUGGUCGACAUGCAAACGGAACGAAAAAUCCAGAAAGCAAUCGGCGAGUUGGCAAAGGGGAGGACCACUUUUGUCAUCGCGCAUCGGCUGUCGACAGUUGUAGCUGCAGACCAAAUCAUUGUUGUUAAGGACGGAAAGAUUAAAGAAAUUGGGACGCACGACGAUCUCCUCCGACGAGGGGAUGCUUACUUCAAACUUUGGAAUAAGCAGGCGAAGGAAUCAGUGCCUGUAAUCGCAAAUCCUGUCAAGUCUGGCCCCGUCAACAAUGAUCUGCAAAAGGAUGAUUCCAAUUCGAAGAAAACUUCGCCAAUACCGGUUUGCAGUCCAGGGAUUGAAGGGACCAAUGCCACGAGCACAACUAUUUGUCAGCAACCCGACUUUCGCCAUGGAACUUCUGUCAGCGGCAUCAUAACGAAGAAACCACUCGAUAAAAACACGAGAGUUUUCAAACCGGCCUCCCUACCACAUUACAAUUACACAAUGCCAAAUAUAGGGAAACGGCAAUCAUCAACUCUGAAGGCAGACGCCCCAGAAUAUAUUCCGUCUGAAAAUACAACUUCCCGCCCGGUACUCCCUCCUGCAUACUCUGUAGUGGCAAGAAAUGAUAGAGCUGGAGGUCUAAACAGUGCGCCGAAUUUAGUUGAUGUCUCUAAAUUCGCAGCGGAAACGAUCGAGACGAAAAAGGCACUCCAGAAGCUCGGUGGAUUGACGCAUAUUCAUACUGAGGAUUCGGCAUUGAAACAUACGGAGGCUGAGAAUUGGCCCACAGUUAUAUCAGAACAUACUAGAUCCAAUGGGCCUAAAUCGGGGCUCCACGAUGGUUCUUUUGAUGGCCCAGCGGGUUUAGUCUAUUAUAACGACGAAUUGGCCUCCAUGGGGGACUUCCAAACAGCCGGUGUUGGAGUGGGAUCGGAGGGAGAGCUGGCAGCACAAUCUGAGUCUACGAUACACCCAACCACUACCCUCGACUAUAGUGCAGGCCCAUCUUAUUUCAGCACCACGAAUAAUGCUGAUUCCGAACAAACACCAUUGCUCCUGGACGAGCCUCCUCGACGGUUUAGACAUAAGUUUCGUAAACACCGGCAUAGUGGAAAACCAAGGUGGGACCAUCGGUUAUCGAAUUCGGACAAGUUAAUAUCCGGGGAGGUUACUACCACUCUCGAUCACCAUAGCCAGGCGUCAAAGGACCAUGAUCUCCAGAUGUCUAUGGCAUCAACGAGUGGGACAAUCGACGAACCUAUUCAAGACAACACUCAAAACGAGAAUAAUGCGCAGCUAAAGCCCUCUACUUAA